AUGGCAGAUAUGCAGAAACAUAUUUUUGUGAUCCUUGCAUUGGGUCUACUGGCGGUGCAAACGCCUAGGCCUAUUAAAAAGGUUCCUGUGCCUUAUCCUGUGCCAGUUCCAGUACCAGUGCCUGUUUUGGUACCAGCCAAAGAAACUGGCGGUGGUGGCGGAGGUGGCGGAGGUGGCGGCGGUGGUGGCGGCGGCGGCGGUGGUGUGACCACCCCUGGCAGUUGUCCACGUCCCUCGCCUGAAGCUCUGAAAUGCCUCCAGGAAUGGGCCUGUCAGUAUGUGAUCCGUUUGGAUCUGCGCUGCCUGCUGAACUUAAACGGCAAUCCCUUGCUGGGCAAUCUCAUUUCCAUACCAGGAAUAAGUGGUGGCAGCGGUGGCGGUGGCAUAUUGGGCAACUUGCUGGGUCGCAAAUGAAAUGAAUGAAUGAAUGAAUGCACGAACGAACCAACGAACGAACUAGAACUAGAACUCUGGAAUAUGUGUCUGUGCGGA